GCCUGUUCUGACAGCUUCAGGCCGCCUGGAAUGGGAGGGAGCAGGAGGUAUCGCGAGAGUUGGCCCCAAGCCUUGUGGGAGCUGUAAUUAUGGCGAGCUUGGGGGUAGAGGCUGAGCAGGAGCCGCUCUUAGGCCACAGCAUACCCGGAAGCAGAGAAUGGGAUAUUAUAGAAACUGAGGAGCAUUAUAAGAGCCGAUGGAGAUCUAUUAGGAUUCUGUAUCUUACUAUGUUUCUUAGCAGUGUAGGAUUUUCUAUUGUGAUAAUGUCAAUAUGGCCAUAUCUCCAAAAGAUUGAUCAGACUGCCGAUGCAAGUUUUUUGGGCUGGGUUAUUGCUUCUUUUAGCCUUGGCCAAAUGGUAGCUUCACCUAUAUUUGGUUUGUGGUCUAACUAUCGACCAAGAAAAGAACCUCUUACAGUUUCCAUUUUCAUUUCGGUGGCAGCCAACUGCCUCUAUGCAUAUGUCCAGGUUCCAGCUUCUCAUAAUAAAUACUACAUGUUGGUUGCUCGUGGAUUGGUGGGAUUUGGAGCAGGAAAUGUAGCUGUUAUUAGAUCAUAUAUUGCUGGUGCUACCUCUCUUCAGGAAAGAACAAGUUCCAUGGCAAACACAAGUGCAUGUCAAGCAUUAGGUUUUAUUCUAGGUCCAGUUUUUCAGACUUGUUUUGCACUCAUUGGAGAAAAGGGCGUGACAUGGGAUACCAUUAAGCUGCAGAUAAACAUGUACACAGCACCAGUUUUACUUGGCGCCUUCCUGGGAAUUUUAAAUAUUAUUCUGAUUCUUACUGUAUUAAGAGAACAUCGUGUGGAUGACUCAGGACGACAGUGUAAAAAUAUUAAUUUUGAAGAAGCAAGUACAGAUGAAGUUCAGGUCCCCCAAGGAAAUAUUGAUCAAGUUGCUGUUGUGGCCACCAAUGUUCUGUUUUUUGUGAUUCUGUUUAUCUUUGCCCUUUUUGAAACCAUUGUUACUCCAUUAACAAUGGAUAUGUAUGCCUGGACCAGAGAACAAGCUGUGUUAUACGAUGGCAUAAUACUUGCUGCUCUUGGAGUUGAGGCAGUUAUUAUUUUCAUGGGGAUAAAAUUACUUUCCAAAAAGGUUGGCGAGCGUGCUAUUCUACUGGGAGGACUCAUUGUUGUAUGGGUUGGCUUCUUUAUCUUGUUACCUUGGGGACAUCAGUUUCCCAAAAUACAGUGGGAAGAUUUACAUAAUAAUUCAAUCCCUAAUACCACAUUUGGAGAAAUAAUUAUUACUCUUUGGAAGAUUCCAAGAGAAGAUCACAAUGAAGGACCAACUGGUUGCCCAGUUGAACAAGCCUGGUGCCUCUACACCCCCAUGAUCCAUCUGGCCCAGUUCCUCACAUCAGCUGUGCUAAUUGGCAUAGGCUAUCCAUCCUGUAAUGUUAUGUCAUAUACAUUAUAUUCAAAAAUUCUGGGGCCAAAACCUCAGGGUGUGUACAUGGGCUGGUUAACAGCGUCUGGAAGUGCAGCACGGAUUCUUGGACCCGUCUUCAUCAGCCAAGUGUACGCUGCCUGGGGUCCACGAUGGGCUUUCAGCCUCGUGUGUGGAAUGGUGGUGCUCACCAUCACACUUCUGGCUGUGGUUUACAGAAGACUCAUUGCUUUUUCUUAAUCUUACAGAGUGAAGAUCCUAUUAUGAUUCCCAUUUUACAGAUGAAGGAGCAGAGGCACAGAGAAAUUAAGGCAUUCUCUGUUUUGUGGCUUGUCUUGCCAAAAGGACCCAGGAAUCAAAUAAAGGAACUUAUACUAGCCAAAAAUGAGACAAUUAAAGCAUUGAGUGCUUCCCUGGUGGCACAGUGGUUGAGAAUCUGCCGGCUAAUGGAGGGGACACGGGUUCGAGCCCUGGUCUGGGAAGAUCCCACAUGCCGUGGAGCAACUGGGCCCGUGAGCCACAACUGCUGAGCCUGUGCGUCUGGAGCCUGUGCCCCGCAACGGGAGGGGCCGCGAUAGUGAGAGGCCUGCGCACCGCGAUGAAGAGUGGCCCCCGCACCACGAUGAAGUGGGCCCCGCUUGCCGCAACUAGAGAAAGCCCUCACACGAAACGAAGACCCAACACAGCUAAAAAUAAAUAAAUAAAUAUUAAAAAAAAUAAAAUAAAAUAAGGCAUUGAGAAGAAUAAUAUCUGCAGCCAAUUUAAACAGAUCGAAUGUGUGAAAAUCUAUGAGUUCAUAAUGAUAUUAAAAGUAAGAAACACACUGGUCACCUUUGGAGGUUGCUAGGGCUUUAACUCUUUACUCUAAAAACCAGGAAAUAAAGACUUUUAAGCUUCUCUUCUGCCUCUCCUGUAUCUAAACUUCAGGGUAAUAAAAUAUUGAUGAAGGAAAGUUAUUUCCUAUAGAAUAAUCCAAGCUAAUAAAUACAAGGGAAUAAUAGAAAAACCCCCAUCUAGCAUCCUUUAGUGAAAUCAUAUUAUAGAUAUGGGCACCAUUCAUCAGUGAAUGAUAAAACUACUGAGGUGGAAGAUUAUUGAGGAACUUUCCAAAGGAUGGAGGAAGCCGACAACACCUGAACGCACUGAUCACUCUUAACAUCAUUAAAAGUGGGUCAGCGUUACGUGCCUCCUGACUUGAUGCAGCAGCAAGUACUCAGCACCACCUAUGAAAGUGUUCCUGCCAAACAACACUGAGUCAGAAUCUAAUCAAGCCCGUAGAUAUAAACUACCAGUUUACAGGAAAUACGAAAGGCACAACUAAAAGCCACCUCUAGGAAGUAAUCAUCUAAGCCCAGAAGAUGAUAUAUUCUAUAGAUAAAUGGUCCAGUUUCUUAAAAUUAAAAAAAAAAAAAAAUGGCAUGGAAAAAAUAAAAGUUGAGAGAUCAGCAGUCAUAGAUGAAAAGAAACUUCAGAGAUAUAUAAAACAAAUGCAUUAUAUAGAUCUUAUUUUGGAUCUUGUUUUAAGUCAAAUGUAAAAGGGGUAUUUUUGAGGUAAUCGGAGAAAUUUGAAACUGGACUCACCAUUAAAUAUUAAGGAAUUACUGUUAAUUCUGAGAUAUGUGUUAUUGGUUAUGCUUUUAAAAGCUCCUUAUCUGUUAAAGGUACUAAAGAAUUAAUGAUAGAAAUUAUAUGAUUUCUGGGAUUUGCCUCAGAAUACUCCAGUUGGGGAAGGAUAUCAGUAAGAAAGAUGAAACAAGAUUGGCAAAAUAUUUGUUGAAGUUGGGUGGGAGACACAUGGAUGUUCCUUAUCCUGGUAUAUCUGUACUUCUGUGUGUUUUUAAAUUUCCACAAUUAGUUUAACGUUUAGUAACAUAAUCAGCUGUGUAGUUUAGAAUGAGCUGGCUGCAGUGUGAAGUAUGAAUUGGAAGGGAUGUGGAGGACAUUUAUCAUGUAUGUGACCACUCUUCAUUUCCUGCAGACCCUUCUACAUUUGGAGAAUUUCUCACAUUGGGCCUCUCCUUUUAGAUAGAAGCCGAAAUGCAUUCGUUCUCUCUACCUUUGCAGCCAAGGCAUGAGCUUGUGUUUCUGGCUCUGCCAGUACACGCCUCCAAUGUGAAACUUCAUAAGGAACUGAGCAAGAAGAGGAAGUGAGCAGCAUAAGCAAAACUGACUUCAGUGAGGGAGCAAGGUCAGUGGCUGAAUUCUGAGAAAGCAGCCAGAGCUCCCAGAACCUAGUCCCCUAGCUUCAACAGCAUGGCUGUGGGGUCUGUGCUGAGCAGGGUUGUUAGGAUGUCUUCUUCUGGGGAAGCUCCUACACUGUGAUUCAGCCAUUGUUUUUAGCUGCAAAGCCUGAAUCUCUUUCCCUCCUCGAGGGUCUGUGAGCUGAUAUCCUUUAAUAAAUAUAUUCUCUGUAUAAACUAACUAGGUUAGAUUUUGAUGUUUGCAAGUAAAAACGCUGACUCACGCAGGAGGCAAGAGUAGAUGUUUAGAGACAAGCAGGAGGCUAUUGCAGUAGUUCAGAUGAGUGAUGCUGGUGACUUGAAUUAGGGAACUGACAGUGGAAUUGGGAAUUAAAAGUAUGUAAAAUAUAUUUUAGAGGUAGAGUUGGCAGGAUUAACUGGUGAUUAGAUGAGGUAAAAGAAGGUGUUAAGAAUCAGUUCCAGGAUUCUGACAUGAACAGCUAGUGAUGCAGAUGCCAUUUACUGGAAUAAAUACUGAGAAGAAACAGGAAGAGUGCAGUUGAACUAAUGUUCUCAUAGACAACAAAGGCAUGCCAGACAGAUAUGCCCAUAAAGCAGAUAAAAACAGAAUGUAUUAUAAAAUGAGAUGAAAGAAAUUACAAAGUAAUGGAAAGAUUAAAAAAUAACAUCGUAAUUUGAAAAACAGAAAUGGGAAAAUUUCCCAAUGAACUAGAGAAAUAAGAUAAUAGGAAGGUAUGAAAAUAUUGCUGGCAGAGCUCAGGAAAGAAUAAGAAAUUUAAAAAAUAAUUUCAGACAUGAAGAACAAAUUAGAAGGAACACAAGAGUAAAUAAGAUGCCACAGAUAACUUCUUAAGGGAAAUUGAAGAUGGAGGAAAAUUAAAAUAACAGAAAUAGAGAAAAAAAUGAUGUGGAGAAAGUGAUGGAUAUAAAAAUUAGGCACAGGUGAUUUAACAUACAUAUAGCAGAACUCCUUGAAGAAGAAAACCAAAAGCAAUGAAACAGAACAAAUUCUAAAAACUUUAAUUCAAGAAAAAUCUGCUGAAAGAAAAUUUAAAUAUGCAUAUGAAAAGGAAAUUCAACAUGAAAGAAGGGAGGAAAGGAAGAUAAAGCAAAGAAGAAGUAUGGUUAGUAGAAAACACAGAAUAAGAUGGGAAGUAAAUGCAACAGAACUGUAAUGACAAACAGUGAAAAUAAAUCAGAAAUGAUAAUAAAUGUAAACAAAGUAGACUACAGAGCUUAUUACAUUGGAUUGAAAAAAAUCAGCUGUAUAGUAUGUAUAAGAGAAAUACCUGAAACAU